GAACUAGAAUCAUAUCAUGGGCUUGGUCUCAAGAAGAUGAGAGGGCACCGCUUUUACAAGAUUGGGCUUGAUUUGUCCUUACCGUUAAAUUCCAGCUUGCCGAAGAUUCGGGGUGACGCUGGGAACAAAUGGCAAACACUAAGAAUUCUUCAACCACCACCACCACUGUCUCCCCGGAAGAAAAAGCGUCAUCUUCUUCAAUAGCAGCUGCGGUCUCCAAAGCAUUGCCUUCACAGUAUGUGCACGAGGUUGAAAGUUUUUUCAUCCGCAAGGGAAUUUCAAGCCCUCUCGCUGAAAAUCACAAAUCCUUGGAUUUCUAUUCCCAUCUCUUUCGCCAUCUUCUCAAAGUCAACCAUGUCUACAAUGGACGCGUCUCUUGCUUCUUCUCCGUCCUACCGGCUUUCAUCAAUAUUUUCAAUGGACUGCACGGAGGAGUUACUGGAGCUAUAGCAGAGAGAGUGGCAAUUGCUUGCGCUAGAACAGUAUUGGCCGAGGACAAGGAACUCUUUCUUGGCGAAUUGAGCAUGUCUUAUCUCUCUGCCGCUCCACUAAACGAGGUUUGUGUAGCUGAUGUGUCUAUUGUGAGUAGUGGAAGAAAUUUGACUGUAGUUGCAAUGGAGUUCAAAAUCAAGAACACUGGGAAAGUGGUCUGCACCGCUCGAGCUACAUUCUACCACAUGCCUAUUGCCAAGUUAUGAAAUUUGUGUAGAUUGACAUAUGUAUGAGCUCUUUUACAUUAAUUCAAUAAGGAUAAAAUCUGGAUUGCCACGUUCAUUCUGCAGAUUUCAACAGUUAUUAAUGUAAUUAGCACUUCCUGCAUGAAAAUGCUUUUAUGUUUCCAAGGCCUAAGAGAGGCAAUUUGCUGAGUGCUAAGCUUCACUUGGAGUUAGAGAGAUUAGUUUCUUCUGUUA